CUUGGAAUGAUCAUUAACUAAAAUUCUUAAUUGGAUUUGUUAAAGGAAGUGAUGAAAGAAAAUAUCAAUUUACUAACAUAAUGCAAAAAAAGUGAAAUCUUGGAAUUCAAUCAUUAUUAUGUAGGUUUACAGUAUCUAUUUUGUUUGGUACAUAAACUAAAAAUCUUUAUCAUUGAUAAGACCUAUUCAUAUGAUAACAUGAGUUUAUUGCAGAGCCAAUAUAUAGAUGUCCAUUAUCGAAGUUAGUAGAUUCAAACAUUGUUGGAUGAUUACUAUUAUUCGGAGAAGAAGGUUCUUUAAACUUACGAAGAAAUGAAAUAAAAGAUAAUUGAAAAAUAUUCUGAGUAGAAUAUUCCACUAUUAAACAUUUCCAAUGAAAUUAAAGGUCUUCAAGGAUAAUAUCAAUUUAAUUUGUCUAAUAUAAACAUCAAAGAUUAAAAUAAACUGGAUUAUAGUUGUAUAGAAGAGGACCUGUAAAAUAAUGCUCUUUUUAAGAAGGCUAUGCACGAAUGGUAUUCAAAUUAUGAAAAUAAACUUGACUCUUUUAUAGCAAUUUAAACACAACAACUGAUUGUUAAGACUUAGUUACAUGAAUUAAUAAUUAUAUAAUAUUGGCUUUUGAAUACUUCAAUUUAUGAAUCAAAGGAAAAGGGUGAAAAAAAUGAAACUGAAUUAGUAACGCAAAAACACAAGAGUCUAUAUUACUUUUUAAUAUUGAAUUAACAAAAAUACAAAAUUGAAGUAACUCAACAAUAAUUAGAACUCUUUAUUUGUUUGUUGAAUAGCAAUUAGUUUGAAGAAUUUAUAGAAUAAAAAAUGAAAAUUUUAGAUUACUUUGAACCCCUUAAUUUAGAAGAUCAAUACCUAGAUGAUUCAACUAUGAAAGUUUAAUAUUAUUAGUUUAAAGAUUGCACUUUCAGAUUAGUUUAAAAAUUGAACAAUGAGUUUAAUCAAUUGAUAUACUCAAUCGAAAUUUUGGGAAUAGAAAAUAAGUUUUAUUCAGUAAUUGACACUGACAAUAUUCAAUUGCUAGAAUUGAGACUCAAAGGGUUUCCUAAAUAGGAUAUGUCUAUAAUAUUUAACGAACCUGAUCUUAUCUAUAAAUACUUCAUGAGAAAGAUCUAUCACAAUUUAAACCCUGAGAGUGAUCCUUAAAUUCUUAGUAAUAAAAUUAAAGUAGGAUCCAUAAUUCUAUCAGACAGAUCAAUUUAUUAGCAUGCAGCACUAUACUUGGGUUGCGAUUUAGUUUUCCAUUACACAAAUGAACAAUUUGAUAAUGUGAAUUAAACUCGUCUUGGCCAUUUUUUCAAACCAGAACGCUUUGUAGUAUUUAUGAAAGGCGCAUCAGUCUUAACAGAGUUAUAAUUAGUCUUUUUAUUAAGAGACAAGUAAGAAUUACUAGAAAAAGCUUUAUAGAAGUCAAAUGAAAAAAUAGAAUUCGAUUUAACAAAAUACAAUUGUGAACAUAUGGUAUUUGAAAUAUUAACAAAUUUCAAAUAUUCAUCUCAAAUUGACCUAAAUAUUUUUAAAAAUGUUGGAGCAAAUGUAGCUAAAUAUUUUGGAUUUUUAGGAUCUUCUUAAUCAUUCCAAUCAAAUUGAAAUUGAUAAAUAG